CGUCCCCCGUCCCCUCUCAGCUCCUCUCAGCGUCCCCAGCAGGUGAUCUGUAAACGUCCUGAGGACCGCCCAGUGAAAAAGAUCUCUGCUGAUCACUUGAAGGCUGCCAGAGACGUGUUGAACACUCAGAGAGACAGAUUUAGUUUAGCUGCAGCCGGAGAAACACAGUCCCAACCGGCUCCUCAGAGCAGAGACCACUUCUUCUUCUUCUUCUUCGUCUCCGGCACAGAAUGGAGAUUUCUGUAGAAGAAGAGGACGGCGGCAGCCCGCCCCCCAACCUGGACUACCAGGGCGCCCACCAGGCCUUCAAGGACCGCUGGAAGGAGACGGAUGACAGCAUGUGCCGCCACAGCAUGUCCUUCCACCUGCACCACGCGCUCAGGAGCGAGUUCUUCGCCAGCUACCUCUACCUGCUGGAGAAGACCCCCGUGGUGAAGCUGUUCCCCGUCACCUGCGAGUACAUCAAAGGGGAGAAGCAGUUUUACUACCGAGCUCAGCGGUUCUACGAGGACGUCCCCGCCUCGGAGGAGGGCAUGCUGGGAGACUUCGUGGAGAUUUGCAACGUGGAUCUGGAAGCUUCCCGGCAGUUUCUCAAGAGGUUUGUGGGUGGUCCGGGGAAGGCCGGUACUCACUGCGCCCUGGACUGUGGCUCCGGGAUCGGCCGUGUGACUCGAGGCGUCCUCCUUCCCGUGUUCGAGAAGUGCGAGAUGGCGGACAUGAUGGAGCACUUCCUGCUGCACGCUCACGAGGAAUACCUGGGCGACGCCGCCGACCGCAUCGAGACGUACUACUGCUACAACCUGCAGGAGUUCACGCCGCCCAAAAACAAGUACGACGUCAUCUGGAUGCAGUGGGUGGCCUGCCACCUGACAGACAAGGACCUGAUGAACUUCCUGUUCCGCUGUAAGAAGAGUCUGCGUCCCAACGGCGUCAUCAUCAUGAAGGACAAUAUGGCGCGGCAGGGCUGCAAGCUGGACCCCAUCGACAGCAGCAUCAGCCGCCACCUGGACAUCAUGAAGAACAUCAUCCUGAAGGCCGGCCUGGAGGUCCUGGAGGUGCAGCGGCAGGAGGGCUUCCCUGAGAUCAUCAUGCCCGUCUGGAUGAUCGCCAUGAAGUAGACCAGACUCUAGAACGCUUGAUGGUUGGAGCUCCUGGAGCUGGAUCCACGUGUUGGUCCUCUGGUGAAGAAGAAGUCUAGAAGUCUAGGGAAACCACAACAGUGUCAUCGGGAGAUAAAUCCUCAUAAGUUCACGGAGACGGCAGGUCUUUUUUUAACUCGGCACAGGAAAGAAUUAAAGCUUUUCUACGUCUACAGAAGCUCUGCACGUCCACAAACAGACGGAUUUACUGUCAGCCGACCACCUCCGGAGGUUUCUGUCCUGGUGACAUUAAAGAGAAGAGCUGUGGGUGAAGCUGCUUCCUGUCUGCACCGCCAACAUCUCUGCAACAACAUGUGGAUUCAGACGCUUUCUCCCCUCAGUGCAUCAUUUGUUUUUGACUAAAUCCAACAUGUUGCAGCACAAGUUUGAUAUAAAAAUGCAUCUCAGUAAAUUAGAAUCUGAUGGAAAAGUCCAUUUCCAGUAGUUCAAGUCAACCAAGUAUUGAGUCAUAUAGAUGACAAACUGUUCAGAGGACAACAUUUUAUAUAUUAAACAGACUUUUGACAUGUGUUUUCUUCAGUUGCAGACUUUAAAAUUGGUCUUUUGUAAUAACCCUAACCCUAAUUUAUAUUUUUAUAUUUGUUUUUAAACACAGAUAUACAUAUACAGAAAAUGUUUUUACAAACGUAUGUAGAACCUGAUAAUGCAAUAAAUUCCCGAUAAUGUAAUAAAAAUCUGCACUUGAGUCCAUUGAAAAUGUAAUAAAACCUGAUAAUGUAAUAACUUCCCGAUAAUGUAAUACACUUUUUUACCAAUAAUGUAAUAAAGUAUAACAUUAAUGGAAGGUUUUUGAUCAAAUCAAAGAUGGCAGAAAAUCCAAUAUGGCCGAAAACCACCAUUGAGGAUGCAUUGAGCUGGGAUUGGCCCAAGGGUU